CCGCCUUUGGCCUGUAUAUAAAUCCACAACAUUCUAGAGACGGAUUUCUACUCUCUUGUCAUCUUCACUCUCUAGUUCACACUCUUAUCAUCUCGUUCGCCAAAAAUUCUCUGGUUAACUUUCUGUGGGGUUUUUUCAAUAAAUUUUUUUACAUUGAUGUCUUUUCUACAGCCUUAUCCUGGCAUGGAUGACUGUAGUCCAAGCCUUGAGCAAUCCGCUUCCUUCUCAACAAAUUCGAAAAGCAUUACUCACAGGGGGGAGCCCAAAUGCGAUUCGAUCUCAUUAUUGGAGGCGCCGAGCUGUGAGGGUCUCAAGGAGAACAUUCCUAGUAGUACCAACACCGAUUCAUAUCUCUCCGAUUGUUCUGGAGAAGUAUCAGCUCUGAACAAUUUCUUCGACCCUAAUAGCCUAUUUGGAGGAUUUAACACCAUGGGCGAGAUGGAUAUCUCACCUCCUCCCAUGCCGGAUUUCUUGGCAAGUCCGCAGGCUGCAUCCAGUACCUCUGCUAGUACCUUCGAAAUUGAGCGUGGCGCCUCUCCUUCUACUUCAUCUGAAUCCCACCAUAGCAUACCUGACAAUUUGUGGGAUUCUGCACCAGCUGUAAAUGGUGGGAGUGACGUUGAGCUAGCCACAUCUCAAGAGGACAACAGCGUCACUUCCAGCGAUCAUACUCCUUCUACGUCCAACUACCCCGAGCUUUUUGGGGAAUAUGAUUCGUCUCUACCAGCUGUGGACCUUUCACUCCCACGUCCACUUCUACACUCAUCCAUUACGGCCCACUCUGGAUGUGGUUUUGUUCUUGACCCUUUGUUAAUCGAUCACCACGCUGCUCCCCCAGUCCAUUCGGGCGUCCAAGGACCAUAUCCAGGCCCCGAGUCAAGUCCACACAUUGACAUUCCCUCUGCCCUCACUUUCGUCAAUACCAAUGUAGGUGUUAGCCCAGCUUUUGUCGGUUUGGGCGUAAAUCAGGCCGGAAACGAAUCUCCUACUGGGCAAACUUCCUCCUUUGGAAACGAGAGCUUUUUUGAGAAUCCUAUAACUCCUUCGAGAGCCCCUGUGGAACGAUCUCACUUCGCUCAUCAGGAGGUUGCACCUCUGGCGAUAAGACACUCUCCCCUAACAGGGGCAACGCCGUUCAAUCCCGAUGGUACCCAAACAGGCUACACACCCGUUGUGCAAUCUACGCAUUACCAGUCCAUGUCGGGUCCCUGUUUAAAUCCAAAUGGUCCAGAAAUGGGUCUUAGUACUGUCGCUCAGUUGAACCCUCAGCCUCCCCCCGCCUCACAUCACCCUUAUAUAUUCGGAUUUCCGAAAGCCGAGCCCACACUCAAUUACGAGUCGAUCUCUCCUCACCCGCACUGGAACCAAAUCGCUUUUCAGUUCGGUGUCGCACCUCCACCUCCUGCUACCAUCAUCCGUUCUCGAUCCCGGGAGCUUGUUGUCCAAGCUGGUCUCAAAUGGGACCACGACAAAGGUCCUUUGAUUCUUCCUGACCUCGGCUACCUUCCUCAGCCAGACAUAUUUCCCCCGGUGAUAAAAACUGUAAUGGACACCUACUUCAACCAUAUCAUUAGGCCGCCACCCACUGCCGACCACUAUAUCCUCUGGUGGAACGCUGUUUGGAUUUCAAAACAGUUUGUGCUGAAGGUCCAGCAGCAACAACAAGCCACAUCCGUGGGGACAGCCAUUUCCUCUGAGCGUCGAUCAUUUCGCGGGAACCCUCCGUCUGGCACAACUCGUCGUAAAACUCCGACGUCGCAGAAUCAUCCUGAUCCACAAUCUACUAGUCCCGUCCAUAAUUCUUCAAUUCAGCUCCCAACGGCUUCGCAGCCGUCUGCUGAAGAUCUCGCUAAAAUGAAGCCCUUUAGUAUCUUCAUAACGGAAACUGGCCGGCCAAGGGGACGUGCGGCCACAAUCUCGGAUGAGCGUUCCAAAAAGUUGAAGAAAGCUCGUCCAGCCCCGUAUUAGAGGCUACUAUCGUCUGCCUUACAAAUUCCGAGUCCGUUGUAAUGUUUUCCAAGUUGUUUUGUUUUCUACUACUUAUCUGCUCUCGUAAUGUCUCUUUGCUUUUUUUUGGGUCUUAAUACUCGUGUCCUCUCGCCUCGAUCCAUGUCUUUUCCUCCUUAGUACGAU